GUUCCCGCAGCUCCGCGCGCGCGGCCAGACUCUCCUCCAGCUUUUCUCCCGGAGUGCGCCGAACAUGAGCCGCGGGAGAGCACGCGCUCCGCUCUGCCUGUGUCUCGCGCUGUGCUGCGCGGCCGCGGCGCUGCUGGAUGCGCUGCCUCCGCGGAACGGAUCCACCGUCCCUGUCCACGUCCCUGUCCCUGUCCCGUCCUACAUGAUGACCCUUUACCGGACCCUGUCCCGCCUGGACCGCCGGGGCUCCAACAGCAGCCUGGCCCGGUACCGGAGACACGCGGACACCGUCACGAGCUUCACACUGCGCGGAGAAGAUCAGUCCUCCUCCGGGUCUCAUCAGCGCUACGUGUUUGAUAUCUCCGGCCUGUCGAGGGCGGAGGAGCUGGUGGAGGCGGAGCUGCGGGUGUUUCGGACGACUCCGCCCGACGUCGGGAGGUUACUGUCUUUAGGAGGAAGCAUGUACCGCCUCCUGCUCUACAGCUGUCCCUGUCCCGGAUCGACGGGCCGGCCCGUCCUGCUGUCCUCCAGGACCAUCGACGUCCUGGACACCGUCUCGGCCACGUGGGACGUGUUUGACGUCCUGUCCAGCGUGAGAUCCGGCAGCAGGGCGGAGCGGACGCCGCGAUGCCGCAGUCGGCUGUGUUUCAGCGUCGCUGUCGUUUGCGAGUCGACGAAUGAAAAAGUUUAUCUUCCGCUGCUGGGGUUCGGAGGUGGAGCUCGGGCAGAGCAGGAGAGAGCCCUGCUGGUGGUGUUUUCCAGAACCCACAGGAAAGAGAAUCUGUUCCGGGAGAUCCGGGAGAGGAUGGAGGCCGUGCAGGAGGAGGCGGGGUCGCCCCGCGGGUUCGAGGGGAGUGGGAGGCGCAGGAGGAGGCGGAGGAGGAGGACGGCUUUAGCUGGACGUUCCAGUGGAACAGGAGGAGGUGGAGGGGGUGGGGGAGCAGGGGUUGGAGGUGGAACAGUGGGUGGAGCAAAAGGUGGUGGAGGAGGUGGAGGAGGAGGUGGAGGUGGAGGAGGUGGAGGAGGAGGCAGGAGGAGAACUCGGUGUAGCCGUAAGCCGCUACACGUAAACUUUAAGGAGCUGGGCUGGGACGACUGGAUCAUCGCGCCUCUGGAUUACGAGGCGUAUCACUGCGAGGGGGGCUGCGACUUCCCCCUCCGCUCCCACCUCGAACCCACCAAUCACGCCAUCAUACAGACCCUCAUCAACUCCAUGGACCCGGAGGCCACGCCCCCCAGCUGCUGCGUUCCUUCCAAACUCAGUCCAAUCAGCAUCCUGUACAUCGACUCGGGAAACAACGUGGUUUAUAAGCAGUAUGAGGACAUGGUGGUGGAGCAGUGCGGCUGCAGGUAGCAGCGCGAGGGCGGGGCCGGACCCUGACGGCCCCCCGGGACCCAGAACUUCAAUCAGCCUCACCUGAAGCACCUACAUCCUUAGAGGAGUCUCACAGGAGGAGUAAAUGCCACUAUAUUUCACCUGCAUUCACUUAUUUACAGGAGGUUCUUCAAUGUCCUUUUUAACAACACGGCUGUUUUAGUGCUGUAAAUGCAGCAGCUUACAGUGUUACACUGUUUUACACUGGUUUACACUGAGAUCCAGCGGCCCAGUGAUCCUGGUUUAUCAGAAUCUUCUUCUUUAAGGACUAAAAAUAAGGAUCCAGAUACAAACCUUACUCAUAAACACUUCAGUUUCAGUGUCUCCUCAUGUGAAACUAAUCCAGUUUAAAUAGGGCUGAACACUGCAGUCACUACAUGGUUGAAUAAGGUUCUGCCUAAAUACGUCUGAUCUGAACACAUAAAUCAGAUUUGAGCCAUUUCAUAUGUGGUCUUAGAUCAGACACUCACCCAACAGGUGGUCUUGCAACUGAAGUGAGGAUGAUCUGAUUAGAUCAGGUUAAAUCAGAUCAGAUCAGUCGGAUCUGCACAGAAGUGCUUAUAACAUAGACGUAACACAAGUGCCUAAACUAUUAACAGAAACCCUGCAGUAGAUAUCACCUCUGCACUUAUACAGGUUAAGCUGAUUCAGUUAACAGCGGUUUAUUAACAUUGACCUGCAGUAGAAAUACUCUUCCAGAUCAGUGUAAUUACACAUUCUCACCAGAGCGGUCUCUAAAUCCCCAAAUCCACCAAACUACAAAUCGACACUUUAAGUAGAUUUUGAAGUAGAUUUUUUCCCUGAAUGUGAGUGAUUUUACAUUUUUAAAGCUGUGUGAACACAUGAAUCAGAUGUUUGCAAUGUUCAUAUGUGGUGAUUUAGAUAGGACCCAUAAUGAGAAGUGCCAGAACAGUUCUGAUUGGUGGAAUCUGACCUGUAAUAUAGAUUAAAUGCCUAUGUGCCUUAAUGCCUAUGAAGGGUAGGUCUUUAGCAGUAGAUGUACUCUACAUACUCUGUUAAAAUCUUUCUUUUUUUUCCACAAUUGACUUGAAUACCUCAAUACUGAAGUAACACAUGCCUGAUCGGAAAGAAAUAAAGGCCAGGAAUUCCAGAAAUUACAGCGCAUCCCGAUAAUGUAAACGGAGCGAUAGAGUGAUGAAAAGCCUUUUCCGUGUCUGAAGGAAAAUUUCAGGCUGUUUUCAGCACAGACGUCGGUUCUCCUUCAGACGCGUCUGUUAAAUGUAAAGGACGUGAGAGGCUCUGCGGGACAGAGGGAUUAAAUUUGGGACGGAGGGAAAAAAAUCUGAAGUGAGAGAAAAAGAGAAAGAGAGAGAAACUCCAGCAGCUCUAAUCAGAAGCGGCGCUGCUCCACUCAGAAUUGGCCUUUUUGACUCUUUUCUGAAACUGGUCUCUUUUCCUUUUGGAGCUGGAGUUGUUUUUAUAAUCACGAGGCUCACUGGAUGAUUUAUUGAGUCCGGCAGUUUCUGAAUUUUAUAUCCAGAUAACCCACACACAUCUGAUGCUCCCCAGAGCGACAUCCCGCCUCCUUUUCUCAGCGUCGGGGACAGAGAUCGACCGGCCCACAAGAGGAAGCUCACUAAACACAAGCUGUUCGCCGGACGAGCCAAUCGUUUCACGUCUCACUCUAAACGCCGCUCAGGCUAAAGACCUUUAUGGGUUUUAGAGCUCGUGAAAGUGGGAAAAUGGGAAAGUGGGUCGGUUUCAGCUAAAUAAGCGCAGUUGACGCCACGUUUGGCUUCAGCAGAACGACAGAAAGGCUGUUCUAUGAGUAACGUCCAAAAGUGAUAGAUGACUUCACUGCACUCAGUGACCUCAGACCUUACUCUGUGAAAGAGGAUUCAGAGCCAAAAUCAAAAUGAUUCUCGUGCGACACCCCUUUCACCAGGGUGAACUGAGAGUGGAGGUCUGUCUGCUCUACACUUUAUUCUGCUGAAUCUGCUCUUUAUCCCCUAUUAUACAACAUCUCCAUUAAAACACACCUUCUCACCUCCUACACCUGCUUAUUACAGUUACUUUCAGUUUAGCUCUCCAGCACAGAGACUGGAGCAGUGUUAGCUUUAGCAUUAGCUGCUAACUGUAGCGCUUGCUUUUACACUGUCUGUUUACCGUGUUAAAACAAGCCAUCAAACCAAACUGAACUGCUUGAAUUUUUGCACCAGGAGUAAAGCAGCAUAAAGUUAUCCAAAAGCAGUGUGUAAGACUGGUGGAGGAGAACAUGAUGUCAAGAUGCAUGAAAAUAAAACUGUGAUUAAAAACAAAAUAUUGAUUUCUGAACUCUUAAAACUUAAUGAAUAUGAACUUGUUUUCUUUUCGUUCAAAUUAAACAGUUUAGGGCUUUAACCCAAAUGUGAUUGGUCAGUUAAAAAUGCUUUGUGGAGAUUUGGAGAUUUGCUUAUUUUAUAGUAGAUUCUGAAGGGGGUGAUGUAGUUAAUGAUAGAGUAAUAUGAACUAAAAAGCAUUGACUGAAUCGAGUCGAGUGGUUAAACAGUAUUAGAUUGAGUUGUUUAGUGCAGUUAGUGUGUAAAUGGUGGAUAUUACAGCUUUUAUUGCUUUUAUAACUGCAGUUUAGAUCAUGUGGAUGGUCCACUCUUGUGGUUGGAACACUGUGAAUUUGUUCUCUCAUCACCUAAAAAAGCCGAGUCUCAGGAAUGUGUACAGCGAGUUGUUUAUUUGGGCGAGCUGGUGGACAGUGUGGUUGUGUUUAUUGAUGAAAGGUGACCGAUGGAACUCAUUUCAGAGCGCCGUGAUGCCAAAACUCUGCGGUUCCUCUGUUUAGAUGUUCAUAUUAUCUGUGUGCUGGAGGCCCAAUCCUACUACUUACUGUUUAUUCAGCACAAGUAGAAGUAAAUACAGAGCAUUUCUAAUCAGUUCCAGAAUUAUCCAUAAAUCCACUCCUUCUUCUGUGAGGAGAAAACAGUGAACUGGUCCGUGGAGCUCGACUUCCUCGUGUUUCUCGUGUGGUAUAGUGAGAUUUAAUUCACUUUUCAGAACAAAGCGAUGGAGAGAAACUCACAUGAUGGCCAUUUAUAUCAUAUAUCAUAUAUUUAUAUCAUAUACAUGCCGUCAUCACAUACUUCCAUAAAGACACUCAGCUUUCAAAUCUGAUACACGGCCAGAAAUAAUCAAAUAAAGCUGCAAUAAAAAGGGUUCUUUAGCGAUGCUGUAGAAUAUAAACAAACAUAUGUUUAUUAUUAUUAUAUAAAAUGAUUAUAUGAGUGUGAUUAAGAGAUUCAAAUAGAUAAAUAACACCCACAUCCACUAAUGUCCACUAAAGUUAUUUAACUUUAAAAUAUAUUUUAUAUACUGUAUAAAUAUAUCUACAGCUCUGGAAAGCACUUCAGUUUCUGAAUCAGUUUCUCUGAUUUUGCUAUUUAUAGGUUUAUGUUUGAGUAAAAUGAACAUUGUUGUUUUAUUCUAUAAACUACAGACAACAUUUCUCCCAAAUUACAAAUAAAAAUAUUCUCAUUUAGAGCAUUUAUUUACAGAAAAUGAGAAAUGACUGAAAUAACAAAAAAGAUGCAGAACUUUCAGACCUCAAAUAAUGCAAAGAAAACAAAAAGUUCAUAUUCAUAAAGUUUUAAGAGUUCAGAAAUAAUCAAUAUUUGGUGGAAUAACCCUGGUUUUUAAUCACAGUUUUAAUUUCAUGCAUCUUGGCAUCAUGUUCUCCUCCACCAGUCUUACACACUGCUUUUGGAUAACUUUAUGCUGCUUUACUCCUGGUGUAAAAAUUCAAGCAGUUCAGUUUGGUGGUUUGAUGGUUUGUGAUCAUCCAUCUUCCUCUUGAUUAUAUUCCAGAGGCUUUUAAUUUGAUAAAAUUAAAGAAACUCAUCAUUUUUUUUCCAGAGCUGUAGAUCAUAGUUUAACAGAUCCUUUAUAAGCUUUAUGAAGUGUUGUUAUGCAGGUAAUGAUCAGAGCUGAUACUGCAGUGUUGUAUUCUGUGUUUAUUGAGUGUAAUAUAAAUGCAUUCCAGGCUUGACCGAUAUUUUACCCCGGAGAGAUUUAACCCGAGCGCUGAUUGUAGGAUCGAGAGUCAUAUCUACAGAGAAAAGCCAUCAAACAGGCUUUAAUAAACUCAGCUGGAUCUUUUUAGCUGCAGAAGUGUUUGGAGUUUGGGUCGUUACCCUGAACCUUGUCCGAUCUUCUAUCUGAAAGAUAAGAUCUGAGCAGGAUAAGAAGAGACUGACUCUUCUUCAUCAUUUUUAAAACCCUAAACCUCCUCCCUGCCUCGCUCUACCCCGUAUAUAAAAUACACACAGCCUUCAGUUUUAAUGCAGAAUUAUAUAAACGGCGUGAAAAUAGCUCUUUAUUCAGAGUUAUUAUAAUCUUAUGCACAGCGCUCUACUAUUCUGUACUUUAUAAUUCCUUUCCCUAUUAAAGAGAACAGGAUUGGUCUAAAUUAAGGUGUUUGAGUUGGUUUAUGAGCUGUGGAUGGUUUAGCUUUAUUCCCAAGCGAGUAUUUCUACAGAUAUUUACAUCAGUUUAAUAAUAAUUCUAAUAUAAAAACAAUCAUGAGUUUGAUCUUCUAAUUAAAUCAGCAAAAACUGUGGAAUUUUACAUUAGAAACGAGUCACUGAGACCUUUAUUAAAAAAGACUCUCCGGAUGUUGCCACUGUGAAAUUAAGACUCCAGCUGAUAAUCAUGUGAAAACUCAUUAGUUUUGGUUGGAGUUGAUGCAACAGGAGUUGCUAAAAGUUACAUUUAUAUUUAAACAAUAAUACGCUUGAGGUUUGUGCUAUAACGUGUAAUAUUGGCACUGCUGUGCUGCGAUCGUAGAUCAGUAAUAUUACACAUUAUAGCACAGUUCCAUUAUCACUGUUUAUUGAAAGAUUUUGAGUUAAGACUUUAAGAAAAUAGGCCUUAUCUCUGAAAAAAUGCGGUCCUUUGAGUUUUAGAGCUGUAUGAAUAUUCAUGAGCAAGCCGAAAUCCUGUCUUUCAUCAGAGACCACUAAUCCAGUGAACUUAAACAGGACUAAACAGAAACACAGUUUUUUUCACAAAAAACAGCUCACAUAGCAUUUCUUCAUACUGGAGACACAACUAGACAUUUUAAAAUGAAUUUAAAAACUUUAAGUUUAAAGUAAAAGCUUUUAAAGUGUUAUUUUCAGAGCUGCUGUCAGAUUAUCUGUUUAUCACAUUUCACAGUUCUGAGCUGCAGAAUCACAGUGUUUAACUCAUACAGAUGAAGGGAACAGUUUUAUAUAAGGAUAAUUAUGUUUCUUUUACUGCAGUUCAGUGAAAAAAUCAUACAUUCUUUACAGAAAACACAAACUAAAGCAAAGUAAGUGCUGUAAAAUCAAACUUUAAUGUGUUUUAUAUUUUUGAAUAUUUUAAAUACAGCAAAUUAAUGACCCAUUUGUUUGUUUUCUGUAGACGAAUUACACAUUUAGAUUUUUUUAGGAAAUUAAACAAACAGCGCCCAAAAGUUUUGCAGAUAAAUGUGACGGACGGUCGUAAACAUGAGAUGGAAAACUUGUUACGUGUCAUGCCAUGUGACUCAUCAAAUAUGUUAUAAGGAACCUCGUAUCUUUAUAUGGAGAGUUUUAGAAAAACAAACAAACAAAAAAUGUUCAUACAUUUUAUUUUUAAGUUUAAGUUUUAAGAUGAUUUCUUUUAUUUCAGUAGUAGUGAUUUUUUAAAGUUUACACAGUAAAGAGAAAAAACACCUGGAGUUUUUUUAAUGACGUAUAAAAAGGCAGUGAUGGGUUUUAUAUGAUCAGUUUUGACGAUUAGUUUUUUAUAAGAAAGGCUGAAUAAAACUCUUUUAAAGUGCAGAUCUUAAUUUAAUACUUUUAUUAUCGUUUCUUAUUAAGUGUCUGUUUGUGUUGUGAAUAUUUUUUUUUUUUUAAUGUUUGGUGAAAAUGGUGAAAGUGAAGUGAUUUUAUAAAAACAGACACGAAAACAGUCUUAUGAGAAAUUACAGGAAACUCUGAUUAAAAUACACACAGAUUAUCUUCUAAAUAAAACGUACAGGAAACAAACAUUUCAAAAAUUUUAAAAUCAACAAAACACAAUUCUUAUUUAUAUUAUGAACUAAUCAGAUCAGAAAAAAACGAACACAAAAAAGAUUAAUGUGCCGUUACUUUCCAAACUUUCUGUUAAUUUAAGUAAAUAAAAUAUGUCUGUAUUUUAAUCAGAGGUGGUUUAACUUUAUUUUAAUGGGACUGUAAAACAUCUUUAAGAUCGACUGUCUGCAACUUUCUUAAUUACAGGAACCUUUAGGAACAUUGACCCUGCACUGUGUGCAUGUGUGUGCACGUAUAUAAAGGUGUGUGUGUGUGUGUGUGUGUGUGUGUGUG